AUGGAAACUACAGAACGGAACACUUCCUCGUGCCUAUCGCUUGACUCGAAGCUGACUUGUUUUCAGAGUGCCCCGUGCAGAUUGUUCGCUAUAGUUUUCGAUGCAGGAUCAACGGGUACGAGAUUGCAUUUAUACAGAUUCCUUCACAAUACAGAUCGUAAUGGAAUACCGUUCAAAGUCGAGGAAGAGAUAUUCCGAGAGGUAAAGCCUGGGCUGUCAUCGUUUAGUGGUAAUCCAACUGCAGCUGCUGCAUCUAUUCGAAGCCUUAUCGACACAGCUCAAAAACAUGUUCCUAUUUUUAUGUGGGACAAAACGCCAAUAACGCUGAAAGCAACAGCUGGUCUCCGUUUACUUCCUGGUGACCUGGCUGACGAUAUUUUGGAUGCAGUGGAGAGCGUAAUCACCAACAGUGGAUUCUUUGUCGUUCCCGAUGCCGUGGGUAUUAUGAGUGGAUCAGAUGAGGGAAUGUACAGCUGGUUCACGUUGAAUCUUCUUUUGAACAAGCUCUACUCGGAUGAUGCAGUUCAUCCAUAUCAUCCCGAGCCUUUCCGGAGCGUUGCUGCCUUCGAUUUGGGAGGUGGCUCUACGCAGCUUACGUUUUGGCCGGAAGAUAGGCACAUGUUCGAUUUGUAUCCCGAAUAUGAGAGAGACAUAGAUUUCUUUGGCUAUCGCAUGCGAUUGUUUACACACAGUUUCCUAGGAAACGGCUUAGUUGCUGCACGUCUGAAUGUGCUGAUCGAAAAUUCUGGGAGUGAACCCAAUGUUGUAUCGCAGCUGGAUUCACCUUGUAUGCCUGCCUCCUUCGAGAUUCGAGAAUGGGAAUACGGACUUAAGAAGUGGGCGAUCAGAGGAUCACCAACGUACUCAUUUGCCUCAUGCUAUACUUCUGUUCGUAACUUCAUUGACCAAAGUGGAAUUAUGAAGCUCAAAGCUCUUCGCGGAAAGGUCAUCUAUCUGUUCUCUUACUUUUACGACCGAGGUUUGAAUGCAGGUCUUGUCAAAGAGAACCUUGGAGGUGAAGUAAAAUUGAAAGACUUCAAAGAUGCUGCUCAAAAAGCUUGUUCACGGAAAGCAGAAGAGUUGGGAGGCUUUCAUUGGAUGCCAUGGCAGUGUCACGAUUUAACAUAUAUUUAUAGUCUUCUCCAUGAUGGUUAUGGAUUUGAUGAUACGCAGCCGCUAUUCCUAGCAAAGAAGCUCAAAGGAAUGGAAGUGGCUUGGGGUCUGGGACUGUCUCACAGUCUCGUUCAUGAGUUCCAUAAAACGCAAAAGCUGUCAACGGCAGCAGAGCGCGGUAAUGUUACGGUUGUGGACCAAAUAAUGUCAUUUAUUUAUUCUGGAACUAAUAAUGUCUUGUCGUACUUGAAUAUCAUCUCAUAA